ACCCCAAUAUUUCGCAGGUCUUCGACCGUUUCGAACCCGCAAGACGCCAGCUUUGCCAGCCAGCUGCUGCUUAAUGGAAGAGAAGAAAUGGGGCGCUGCAUCUUCUGCCCCACUGCCUGGUCAGAGCCGGAAAAGUUUAUAGAAACAGCUGGCUUUCUUUCUUGUUGUUUAUCUAAUUGACGCACACCCAGCAUGAUAAGGUCAAAGGUCGAGUGUGCCGCUUCUAAUAAAGGUACACCUUACUUUCCUUUCAGCGCAGGAACUGCUCACUUCUGUCUGGUCGUCUCGUCCACCUAUGGCCCAAGGUGGAUUGAAAAAGUCCGGUGGUAAGUUUGUGCCUACUAAGCCAAAGUCCUCACGGAAAAGCAAGCCCUUGGCCCCCAAGAAAAGAGGUCAGCGUAUUGCACCGAAAAAGCCUAAAAGCGUUGAAGUUGCUAAACUGAAGAAGCAACUGCAGAAGAGCAUCAACAAGUCUAUUGAGGAGGAGAUCACACACAGAGCUAAACAGGGAGGCACCGAGUUCAGAGUGCUCCAUAACUCCUCCUCCUCUUCUUCCUCGUCCUCAGCUGCGAAGAAAGACUCUCAAACCAACAGCAAAGAGCAAUAGACUGUGAAUAAAAUCACCUUUCUCCCUCGCCCUCUUGUGCUACUGUGUUGUGUAAAAAGUGGUGAUCUCAUUGUGUGGUUAAUAACACUCAUUUUUGCCUCUCCUUCCUCUUCUUCCUUGCUCUUCUUCCUCUUCUUCAACUGCAAAGAAAGUCCCUCAAACCAACAGCAAGCGGCAAUAGUUUGUAAACAAAUCAACUUCACCUUUUCCCCUCUACUGUGUGUUAUAAAGUGGUAGUCUCGCUGAGUGCUGAUUUUGGGAUGUCCCUGGGAUUACUGGAUGAUUACGGGUCUGAUUCUGGCUCAGAGGAGCCAGCAGACAGCCCUCCUGACGGAACAGGGGAGGGGGAGGCCGACAGAAGCAAGGACAAACUGAAACUAAAUGUUCAACCAUCAAACCCAACUGAUGCCACCAUUGAAACUUGCGAGCAUGUUUCUAAUACUGGUAGGGAAAAGGAGGUGGUGGAUGACGAGGGGAUAGGAAAUGCGGAUUCUCCUCAUCCGACUUUGUUUGGUCUGAGUGGUGAAGGAGACACUCUGGACACAGAUACAAGUUACUCUGAUACAUCUGGAGAAGAUGAAGAAGAAGAAGAAGAAGGUGGCAAUGGUGGUGAGAUUGCUCGAGAACUGAGUCCUCUACCCCUGCCGGUGUUGGACGGCUCCGACAAGCUUGCCUCGUCCGUCUUCUCUAAUCCGUACAGAGAGGCCGAGGAGGCAAAGUUGGCGGUGCUAACACAGCACGUCGGUCUCAGUGAACCACCGCCGAGAAAGGAGGGGCGGAAGAGGUCGAGGGGACGCGGGAAAGGAGGCAGGCAAAGAGACAGACCCAGAUUGGAGCCGGGUCAAGGUGGUGGAGAUAGCAACUGGACGGACGGUGACUCACCAGUUGGUAUGGGUGGUGGAAGAGGAGGCAGAAAACACAGGAGUGGUGUGACCGAGAGUCUUCAGCCACCCAGGAAAUUCAUGAAAACUCACACAAAGAUUCGGCACAAGGAACAGCCGUGGACAGCUCAGUGAUGGUUUUUAUUACGUCAUGUUAAUUAUACCAUUGUGAGUAGUGGAUUGUAAUCACUAUAGCUCUAUUAAUUUUGGCCUCUGAGGAAUUGGUGUGCAAUGCAAUAUGUCAUGCAUGAAAAUAAUAUAGGAUAAAUUAUUAA